AUGGACGAAAUUAAGGACUCUUCUGCUCUGCGUCCUUAUUAUGACCCAGAAACUUUCAACGUCGGGUAUUCUGCUGUUUUUCGGCCUGAUAAGGGUGUUAUUGAUCAAGACGGGCUGAAUAUCGCAUCGAAGCUAUCUAUAGCUAACCAGUCCCCUGCUGGAAGUCUCAAAUCACUAAAUGAAAGAUUUUCAGGCGGUGGUGGUCUACGGGAAUUAACUACUGGGGUUAAGAAGAAGCUUCUUGAUAGUGUUACUAGCACUAGACAAGGAAUUGGUGCAAAAUCCCUUAACGAUCUAGAAUGGAACGAUUUACUAAACGUUAACAUCUGGAAGCAGCUCUUAGAGAAGCUAAUGAGGCAGCUCUCGUCUAAAUAUUUCCACCACCUCGUUCGUCAGCCUUUUAAAGUAGCCAAUUUAUUGCUACAAGUAGGAGAUUUUGACUACGUUACAGGCGAUGCUAAGAGUGGAGGAUUAAGUGAACCUUAUAAUGACAGUGAUGAAUGUGAUGACAGUCAAAUCGAUGGUGAUGGUGAUGACGAUGAUGAUGAAAAUGAUGAAACAGAACCAAACUUCUUUGUUACGGAAUCUGAAGCUAGACUAAUAGACAGAAAGGUAAAGAAACGGAAAUCUGACGUUGCGGAGAACAAUGCUCUGAUAAGGCCGGAUAGUAUUCGUACCAUUGAUAUUUUGAACAGUGUUAUGGAUAAAGAGGGGAUACAGGGAGUAUGGAGAGCUAAUAAUACAGAAUUUAUUUACAAUUUCCUAUCUAUAUCGUUAGAUGCGUGGUUUACUGGCUUAUUAUCGCCGCUGUUGCAGAUACCUGAUCCAUAUUUCAUUGAUAUCAUACAUUCGCCUGACGUGACCAAAACUGCGAGCUUGAUACUUUUGGCCAGUUGUAUGACGAGUUUGGUGUUGUUGCCAUUGGAUCUAAUUCGUGUCAGGUUAAUGAUAACGCGCGUGAACAGCGCGGACGAAGAGAGAUCGCUAAGGAAGUUGUUGAAAAAAUGGUCAUGGAGAGACAACUUCUCCAAACUAAACAAGGAACUAAUCUUUUUGAACGUGAUACACUCUUUGAUUGGCACUGGGUUCACCAAGCUUACCGGUGCGGUUCUGUAUCAAGAGUUCGGUAUUGAUAAGUAUACGAAUGCGGUACUGUAUAACACGAUGAAGUUCUGCAGCAAAGUGGUUGGGUUUUUCGUGAAGUUGCCUAUCGAAAACCUAUUGAGAAGAUGUCAAGUGAAGUUCUUGUUGAGCGGAAGCGCAUUGAAAGUGGAACGGAAGUCCUUGAUCGUGAAGCCAAGGGAAUAUAGAUCAAUAUACCACACGGUGUUCCAUGAACGCGACCGGAUCGGUGAGUUGUGGCGUGGAUGGAGACUUGGUAUGAUGAGCAUAUUAUGCGGAUACGGUUUGAAGAUCUUGAACAAGCCCUCUGAAGCCCUUGAAGAGGAGAAGUUCUGA